GAGGAUAAAAAGGGAAUACAAAAUUGUAGUAACCAACACAUGACACACGUAUUGAAAUUCAUUCAUCAUCCUUAAAAUUGAAUCACAAGGAAGAGUGAAUUAUGGGAGACGAAUCAAAUCAAGAACAUCAAAUAUCAUUAGCAGCACCUUUCAUAUUUUUGAUUGUUGCUGCUUUUCAGUCAGCAUACUAUUGUCUAGAUCAAUUGAAGAAGAAUGGAUCCGAUAAUGAAAAAGAAAAUCAAUUGCGUGGAGAAAUAAAACAUCUUUUGAAGGAGGCAAGCUUGUUGUCACAACCAUCAACAUUUGCACAAGCCUCAAAACUGAAAAGACUUGCAAAGGUCAAGGAGAAGGAACUUGCAAAGUAUCAAAAUUUGCACCGCAAGGAUCUGGUUUUGUAUUUGAGAGUGAUUCUCAUUGGAAAGUAUAUAACGUAUGGAAUGUUGGUAAUUUGGUUUUGGCGUGUUCCUGUUGCUAGCAUAUCUCUACAACUCGUGCAACCAUUUGGGAGAUUAUUAUCUUGGAAGACUGGAGCAAUUCAAGAUGACAAUAUUGUGGUUGGGAUAAUAGCUUGGUUAAUAGUGUCAGCCAGAGUUUGCAGAUAUGUUCGUCGAGCUUGUAGCAAAUUGUCAUGAUUUUCAUUGUGUGAAGACACUAAUUGCAUGAUGCUUCCGAGAAAAUUACAAGUUGUUUUAACUAUUAAUCAUGAAGUUGAAUGAUUAAAUGUUAACACAUAACAUAUACAUUUUUUUUUGACACAACACAUACACUUGUUAGAUAUUUGUUCUUAUACUUUUAUCACUACUCUAAUCGAUGAAUGAUUCCAUUUUUAAAGGUCCUAUUUUAAUAUUUAA